CGCGCUACGGCGGCCGGGCGUGGACAAGGCGCGGGGGAGGCGAAGCGAGGCGGGGAGUGGUGGCAGUGGUUGGGAAGAUGCUGGAGACGGCGGCAGCAGCGGCGGCGGCUGAGCCGGAGCUGGACCCCGAGGACCUGGUGCACUUCUCGGUGGGCGAUCUGCCCAGCCGUGGUUAUGGCGUGAUGGGCGAGAUCCGGCGGCAGGGCAAGCUCUGCGACGUGACCCUCAAGGUAGGGGACCAUAAAUUCAGUGCUCAUCGGAUCGUGCUAGCGGCUUCUAUCCCGUACUUCCACGCCAUGUUCACCAAUGACAUGAUGGAGUGCAAGCAGGAUGAGAUUGUCAUGCAGGGGAUGGAUCCCAGUGCACUUGAGGCUCUGAUCAAUUUUGCCUACAACGGUCACCUGGCCAUAGAUCAGCAGAACGUGCAGUCUCUGCUGAUGGGGGCAAGUUUCCUUCAGCUGCAAAACAUCAAAGAUGCUUGUUGCACUUUCCUCAGAGAGAGGCUUCACCCUAAGAAUUGUCUGGGAGUGCGGCAGUUUGCAGAGACAAUGAUGUGUGCGGUGCUCUACGAUGCUGCCAACAGCUUCAUUCAUCAGCACUUCGUGGAGGUAUCCAUGUCUGAAGAGUUCCUGGCACUGCCUUUUGAAGAUGUCCUGGAGCUCGUUUCUAGGGAUGAGCUCAAUGUGAAGUCUGAAGAGCAGGUGUUUGAAGCUGCAUUAGCUUGGAUACGGUAUGACCGAGACCAGAGAGAGUCAUUCUUACCCGAGCUCCUGUCCAAAAUCCGCCUCCCCCUUUGUCGACCUCAGUUUCUCACUGACCGCGUGCAACAAGAUGACCUGGUCCGCUGCUGCCACAAAUGCAGGGACCUGGUUGACGAGGCAAAAGACUAUCACCUCAUGCCAGAGCGCCGGCCACAUCUCCCCGCAUUCAAGACCCGUCCUCGGUGCUGUACAUCGAUCGCAGGACUUAUUUAUGCUGUCGGAGGACUGAACUCAGCAGCAAAUUUUUAUGCAGGUGACUCUCUGAACGUGGUGGAAGUCUUUGAUCCCAUUGCCAACCGCUGGGAGAAGUGCCAGCCAAUGACAACAGCCCGGAGCCGAGUUGGGGUAGCAGUGGUGAAUGGACUCCUCUAUGCCAUCGGCGGCUACGACGGUCAGCUGAGGCUGAGCACUGUGGAGGUUUACAACCCAGAGAUGGAUUCCUGGUCCAAAGUGGAAAGCAUGAACAGCAAGCGAAGUGCUAUGGGAACAGUGGUGCUGGAUGGUCAGAUCUAUGUAUGUGGCGGAUACGAUGGAAACUCAUCUCUCAACUCCGUGGAGUCCUAUUCUCCAGAAACAAACAAGUGGACAGCAGUGACCCCCAUGAGCUCCAACCGCAGCGCCGCUGGAGUCACUGUCUUCGAGGGCCGGAUCUACGUGUCGGGAGGGCACGACGGCCUGCAGAUCUUCAAUAGCGUGGAGUACUACAACCACCACACGGGCACCUGGCACCCGGUUGCCAGCAUGCUCAACAAGCGCUGCCGCCACGGAGCAGCCUCGCUGGGCAGCAAGAUGUUCGUCUGUGGCGGCUACGACGGCUCGGGCUUCCUCAGCAUCGCCGAAGUCUACAGCUCCAUGGCGGACCAGUGGUACCUGAUUGUCCCCAUGAACACCCGGAGGAGCCGCGUCUCCCUGGUGGCAAACUGUGGCCGUCUCUACGCGGUGGGGGGGUAUGACGGACAGUCCAACCUCAGCUCGGUAGAAAUGUAUGACCCGGAGACAAACCGCUGGACGUUCAUGGCACCGAUGGUGUGCCACGAGGGAGGGGUUGGGGUGGGCUGCAUACCCCUCCUCACCAUCUGAGAAGGAAGGUUUUAGUGGGGGCUGUCUUCCUAGCGACCAUACGGAGAGGGGUUCAGAGAGCGUUUCAUGAUGUGAUACCCGCAGAGGUGCGUUUCCAGGUGCUCAAGUGUCACUCGCAAACAUACACGCACAUAAAAAACCACUUGACAAACCAAUCCCCACCCUUGGCUUUUUGGGCUGAGGCUCCCCAAAGAUCAAACCUGGUGGAAUACAUCUGCAUUCUGGUGCAAGCAAGGACCUGCCCGCCUCCCUCCGUGCCCAUUAGCCUGCACUCGGAGCUGUGGCCAAGCGAACCCUUCCUCUCGCCGUCGGUUUUCCACAUCGCCCUGCGGUCUGCUUUCGGCUGCACCUUUGGGAAGGGCUGGGGGAGCGGGGCAGGCUUAAUUGCGUCAUAAAAACUGCCACUUGAAUGACUUUGAACAUACAUCUGGCUUAUUGAGACAGAAAAACCCCACCGACAGCGCUUCCCAGACCGCAUCCAAGGCUCUGCCUUUUCUAAGGUGCUUCUUACACAAGACAUCGCUGGCUUCCCGGAGCAGAGCUGUGCUUUCUUCAGCUCGGUGGGGAGAACUUCCCCACAAGAGCCACACGAUGGAGAAACUAGGAUGAGGAAAACCAGUCGGUUAAACCAUCACAUAGUUUUAGCAAGCUUUGGACAAGGAGGCUGAAUGUAAACGACACUAAGCAACAGUCAUAGGGUUUCAAAAUAGGAAACAGGCCAAGGUAUUAUUUAACUUAUGAUUAUUGGAUAUUGUCGAUGUUUCGGUGGCGGUUGGAGCAGAGCGUGGCCAGUAUCUUUCAGGAAGGGCAAGCAAAUCAAGCGUUGAAUGUGUAAGCUCUGGAAGCCCACAGUGGGUUUUGUGCCAGGACCAAGACGUGAGGCCGAGCGCUGCCAGGGCCAAAGCAGCAGCAUGCAGGCAGCACAGCAGCUCCCUCCCUGCAAAGUCCUUGCCUGCAUCAGCUCUUCAGCACGUCUCUUGCAUGACUGUGAACUGCCAUCCCUCCGGGGCUGCCUUCAUGCCCAUGUCCUCCCUUCAGCAAAGCCAUACCUCUUCCACUGCCAUGGGCAGGCAGGGACAGGCAGCUGCCACCCCUGCCUGCUUGGGCAGGAGGAACUUGACACUAAUCCCACCGGCAGCAGCAAAGGGAUGAGGCUUUCACCCCUUGUCCUGCUCAAUCCCAGUGUGUUGGGGGGCUCGGAACCUGUCCCCUGCCCAGCUCCAAGCAGGGAGGAGCUGGAUGUUCACCCCAGUCCCCAAAUCCAGCCUCCCCACCUUGUUCCUACCUGACUCCCAGCCCCACUCGGGAUUUGAACUUUGGGUGUAUAUGUGGAUGUCUAUAUAUUCAGGUACUAUGUAUAUUUUAGGUAUAUAUAAUGAACGUAUCUGGCUAUAAAUGUGGUUUGUCAGUA